UCGCGCUCACCGUGCGCGCGUCACCAGCAGCCGUUUCCCCACCUCGCAACCACAUGCUUCGCUGAGCGGCAAGCACGGAGCCCGGCCGCCACCUUCCCCGUUCCAAUGGCCGGGGCAGCGUUCACCCACGCGCAACCAGCCUGGGCACUGGCACUCGCGGCGCUCGGCUUCCUCCUGACCGCGCGCGCCGCGUCGCGCCUCGCGCAGUGGCUGCACGCGGCGUUCCUCCGCCCCGCGAGGCCGCUGCGCCGCCGCUACGGCGCGUGGGCCGUCGUCACGGGUGCCACGGACGGGAUCGGCCGCGCGCUCGCGUUCCGCCUCGCCGCGACCGGGCUCGGGCUCGUCCUCGUGGGCCGCAGCCCCGAGAAGCUCGCCGCCGUCUCUGCUGAGAUCAAGAAGAGGCACCCGGGCGCCCAGGUCGUCCGCACCUUCGUGCUGGACUUCGCGGCCGAGGACCUCGCCGUCAAGGUGGGCGCGCUCGGGGAGCUCGUCCGGGGGCUCGACGUCGGCGUGCUCGUCAACAACGCCGGCGCGUGCUACCCGUACGCGCGCUACUUCCACGAGGUGGACGAGGCGCUCAUGUGGAACCUGAUACGGCUCAACGUCGAGGCCGUCACGAGGGUGACGCACGCGGUGCUCCCCGGCAUGGUGGAGCGCGGGCGGGGCGCCGUGGUGAACAUCGGGUCCGGCGCCUCCGCGAUUCUGCCGUCCGACCCGCUUUACACCGUCUACGCCGCCACCAAGGCCUAUAUCGAUCAGUUUUCAAGAUGCCUCUAUGUCGAGUACAGGAGCAAAGGCAUUGACGUGCAAUGCCAGGUACCAUUGUUAGUGGCCACAAAGAUGGCGUCCAUAAGGAACGCCUCCUUCUUCGCGCCGUCGCCGGAGACGUACGCCGCCGCCGCCGUCCGGUGCAUCGGGUACGAGCCGCGGUGCACGCCGUACUGGCCGCACGCGCUGCUGUGGCUCCUCAUCUCGCUCGUGCCCGAGCCCGUCGCUGACAGGUUGAUCCUCGGCGUGGCCCUCGACGUCCGCGCCAAGGGACGGGCCAAAGACACCCGGAAGAAGGCGCAGUGAUGAGAGCAGCUGGGUCUCAGGACUCAGGGAGUCACCAUGCAAGCAAUUCGUGCUGGCCUGGAGAUAAUGUCUUCGAAGCCUCCACCGAGAGAUCAUUUCGUAUUUGCCAUCUUCUAGUGUGUUGUGUGUUGAGAAUGUUGUUAGCAUGGCAGCUCUCGUCGUGCGACUGUGCGAGCUGUGCUCGUAGCCCCGUAAGAAAUAAGGUGACGGCAGCAGGUUCCAGUACCAAGUCAUUUCACGCGUGGCGUUAUUUGGAAAAGUAAAACAAGGAUGGAUAAAAAGAAAGGGAACAGAUGGUAAAUA